AUGGGAGCUUUACAUUCGGUGAUCAUGGUGCUUCAGUCGCUCUUGCAACAGCAUGAAUUAAAAGUUUGUACAAAAACGUUGGAGGGGUUUGUGAAGGAGGUCGACCGCAUGGUGCCCUGGUAUAUAUGCUCAGGGUCAUUAACGCUCACCUCCUGGGACAAAUUGGAGGGUGACUUGAUUAGAGAAACGCAGAAUGGGAAAUUAAAGCCUGGAACUAGACCACUGUGGAAGCUAGUGAGAUCGUUUUUGCAGCACGAGAAAUGCCGCUUGACUGUAGCGGCUGGCCAGGGAGUGUUAGAGGAGUUGCAAGACAGCAUGUCAGAAACAGAGCGGGAUAAAAUGUUGGGAGCUCACAAAGAAAAAAGAAAAGGCAUGCCUAAGAAAAAAGACCCUUCCAAAGACACCCAGUCUGCGGAAGCGAAAGAUAAGGAAAAGGACGCCCUGGGAGAGAAGCGUAAGGAGGGAGAAAAGGCCCCGGAAAAGAAACCUCUUUAUCCGGUAAAAGAACUGGAGGCCUUAGAGCUUGAUAGCUCUGAGUCGGAGGAACUAAGCCCCUCUGAGGAGGAAGACUUAGAUGAAGAGGCAGCCGGCUAUGAGGAGGAAAGGUACCAUCCAGAUGAGCGGCUGCCGCUGCAAAAUCGAAAGCAAAAGAAAACAGGAGAUAAGAACCACACGGCCUCUCAGCCUGUUUCGACCUCCCGACCUAUUGUCCCCAGCACCCCUCUGCCUUAUGCGGACAAGUGCUGCUCAGAUUCCUUCCUUUCAAAGGGAGAUAAAAGAAAGUUAUUACAAGCCUUUCCGGUAUUUGAGGCUGCGGAGGGGGGUCGCAUCCAUGCACCGAUAGAAUAUACCCCUAUUAAGGAACUUACUGAAUCAGUUAACAGAUAUGGAUUUGAUGUUAAUUUUACAAUCAUGCAGCUUGAGAGACUUGCCACUAUGGUGAUGACUCCGAAUGAUUGGCAAAAUACAGCAAGGGCCAACGCCAAUUUGGAAGGCAAUCAAAGACAGUGGACGUUUGAAUUGUUAACAGGGCAAGGACAGUUUGUUAAUAAUCAGACAGACUACGAUUGGGGAGCAUACGGCCAGAUCUCCACUGCCGCUAUUAAAGCAUGGAAAGCCCUCUCAAAGAAAGGUGAGGCUGGGGGACACCUAAUGAAAAUAUUACAAGGCCCCCAAGAGCCAUUCUCAGACUUUGUGGCUAGGAUGACAGAAGCAGCAGGCAGGAUUUUUGGAGACCCGGAGCGAGUUAAACCACUGAUAGAACAACUGGUGUAUAAAAAUGCCUCACCAGAGUGCAAGGCAGUCAUUACCCCUAGAAGAAGCAAAGGGUUGACAGACCGGAUAAAGGUUUGCCGAGGAUUUGGAGGCCCGCUUACUAAUGCCGGCCUUGCAGCAGCUAUCUUACAAAGCCAAAACUGCCCAAGUCCUGGCAGCCGUAAAGUCUGCUAUAACUGUGGCAAACCGGGUCAUUUGAAAUGA